GUCUCUUUCCAUCAUUUUUCUAUUUCUCACACUAAAUAUGGCAACUGACCCCAAUAACCUACCCACCAAUCUGACCCAAAUUAACCAGACUCAGCCACCAUUCACACCAUCAUUUGACCCUACGAACCUAUGCCAUCAUUUUUCUUCUUCUCCUUCUUCUGAUAGACCCUUAUUACCUAUGCCUGCUUCUUCUUCUUCAUCAGCUUCUGUAAAAACUAAAAGGCACCCAUUAUACAGAGGAAUUAGAAGCAGAAGUGGAAAAUGGGUGUCUGAAAUCCGCGAGCCGCGUAAAACGACCCGUAUUUGGCUCGGAACGUUUGCCACCGCGGAAAUGGCUGCUACGGCUUAUGACGUAGCGGCUUUAGCACUAAAAGGUGGGGAUGCUAUUCUAAAUUUUCCUGGUUGUGUUGGGUCUUAUCCUGUUCCGGCGUCUUCAUCAGCAAGCGAUAUACGUAAUGCAGCUAUUGCUGCUGCUGCAUUCAAAAGGAAUGAAAUGCUGUAUAAUAAUCAAGAAUUUGGCCAAUUGCAGGCCAGAAAUAAUGUUGAUCAUGAUCAUAAUUUGCUCAUCAAUACGACUGAAACUGGCAGUGAUCAUGUGUAUGUUGAUGAGGAAGCUUUGUUUGAUAUGCCAAAUAUGCUGGUGGAUAUGGCAGAAGGAAUGUUGCUUUCUCCACCCAGAAUGACCUCUUCUGAUGAUUCUCCGGGAACUUCUGAUGGAGAAAGCCUCUGGAAUUAUUUUUAAUCAAAAAUUAGGGUUAAAUUUUUAAGAGGUUAAUGAAUAUAUGCCUUUUAUAGAAAAAAUUAUCAUUAUUUAUUUGUUAUAUUUUAGUACUGAACUUUUAUUUUUAUAUAAACGGGAGAUUAUUAUAACAAUUCAAGUCAGAAUUUGUUUAUGUAGCAACAAACACGGUGAAAUAGCCGCAUAAUUUUUUGUUGCCAUAUAAAUAAUUUUUUUAUUAUGAUUGUUAUAAUAAUCUCUCGUUGAUGUAAGAAUGAACGCUAAGUUAUAAAAAUAUAACAAAGUAAAUGGUGAUGAUAAUCAUUCGGUAGAAGACAUAGUUCAGUAACCGUAAAAAAUAUAAUUUAAAAUUUUACAAAAAAAUUAUGAACCUUGACAUAUAUUAUUCAUGACUUAAAAUUAAAAAGAAACAAAAAAUGAAAAAAGAAGACAUGGCAGCUGCAUUUUUUGAAGUCCUUUUUUUAUGCAAAAAUUGCCCGUACGUUUUCCACUUGAAAGUUAAACUGCAUGAAAGUAAAAAAAAAAACGAUCAUGAAAUGCAAGAAAAAAUCAAGAAUCUAUUAGUCAGUACAGUGAUUGUUCUCUACUCAUGUAGAGUUUUUGAAUUUAACGGUCAUUGAAUUUAACGGUCAAUCAAUAGUAAAUAGAGAGAGAGAGAGCUUAGGGUUUGCAUUUUCUUGGUUAUAUUUUUCGAUCUAUUUUUCAGUUGUCUGUGUGCAUGUAAAAUAGUUCUUCGAGUGCUGUUUCUGCUGUUCCUGUAGUAUGUGUUUUGGAUUGUAUUUUUCUUCUUCAUCAAGAGUUUCCAAUAAUGUUUUAAUGUCUACCUUUCAA